AUGUCGUUGUAUCCAAACCGCCAUCGCCUUGCUCUCUUCUCCCUCAAGCCCCUGAACGAACACGCCAAAAAUGUCGUCAACCAUCCUUGGAACCAACACCUUACUUCGAAGUUAACAGAUGGCACAAUUGUUCUUGACAUUGGCUUCCAGAUACGGUCACGUUCACAUCACACACUUGCAACACUAGGGCGUGGGGAUGCGGACAUCUUUGUAGAUGGCAUCACCAUCGCCAACAUCCAGUGCUCUUUCGAGAUCGAGCCGGCCACCAAUGUGAUUAUGCUCUACGACAGGUCUCAUGGUCAGACAACGCAGCUUUUUGGCAACGAUGCUGUGCCAUUCGAGCAUGGCCGCUUUCGUCAAGUAGUCGUUCAGAAGGAUUUGAACAGUCGUCUUGGGAUGGGCGGCAGAGCACAAAAUACCGUUCAAUUCGAGUUUAUAUGGUAUCAGGAUUUCCCUGAAACGGCGGAGAUAAUCAAAGAUCGAGAGUCUAUUAUUAAUGACUACGAGGAAAAUCCACGCCUAGCUCGGACGACUGAUGAUUUGGCAAACUUGGAUUUGGCCGGAGCUGUAUACAAGGGCCUCGAUAUCGACACGGGCAGGUUUCUCGCUGUUAAGAUGUUACAACAACCCAAGCAACCUUCAGAAGAGGCAGAGUGGAGGAAGCUGUUAAAGCGAGAGGUCGACACUUUGUCUCGGAUUAGCCACCCGCACAUCAUCGAUUAUAUCACCUCGCAAGGCUGGGACGGACCAUCUGCGGAGAUAUUCAUGGGCCUCAAGGACGGCACACUUGAAUCCUUGGUUCUCAAGGGUGAAUUUCCGUCCAUAAACAGCCUCGCCAAAAGCGCCUUCCACCAGAUGCUCCAGGCGUUAGAUUGUCUGGCUGUGAAUGGUAUUGUUCAUCGAGAUGUAAAGCCGGAAAAUAUUCUCUAUACUGCACUGCCAGAUGCGCGAUACCGGUUUUACCUCGGCGAUUUUGGUCUAUGCAACCGCACUGUUAUUGCUCAGAGUUUUGUUGGGAGCCCAUUGUACACGGCCCCCGAGGUUUAUCGACAUGGAUUCCAGACACCCAAGAUGGAUAUCUGGUCCCUUUUGUAA